UCAAUCUCAUACAUAAUUUAUGUUUGUGUUUGAGUGAAUCAUGCCUAUGUGAAGUAUGUUUUCAUUAGUUAAGCAUGCCUCAGAUAUGAAGCACAUAUUUCUUAUGAAUGUUGAUCUCUCAUAUAUGAGGAGCGCAACUCACAUAGCUAUGAGUGCAUUGUAGCUGGAAGAGGGUUGGUUAUUAUUGCAAUUUAUAGCUCUUGAUGCUAAAUCCAACUAUUUAUAUAACUAAACCCAACCCUUUGUACUGUAUUUGAGACGUAAUAAAUAUCUCUCUUCUGUACAACUUGGUAUUACUUUGUUCUUCUUCUUCGUUCUUAGUAUAGUGUUAAUAUGGUAUCAUCGCCGGUGGUGAUCGUCCAUUUUCCGCUGCACAAUUUCUGACCGGAUACUGCUUUAUGCAAAAGGAGGAUGAAGAUCUGGUGGUCUUGGUGAUCGUCAAUGGUGGUUUAUUUGCCGAGAAAGUAUUGUGCCCUCUAACUGUUUGCUGUUUUGUGUCAGUGAGUUCUUCGUUACUCUUUUCUCUAUUUUUUACAAGGCCGAUAGCCAGUUGAAGUGUUUUUCGAAGAUAUGAAUGUUUACAAAAGCCGAUUGCCAUAUUUUUCUUGGUUUGUAUAGUUUCUACUCCUUGAAGGCCAAUUGCCGGAGUGUUGAAUCUUGAAGUCUUUCUGCUAUAUCCACUUUUUUAAAGGCUAAUUGCCGAAGAGGGUUUUGUGCGUUGCUCUUAAUUGCAAGUUGUAUACAAAUCUUGAUUGAUAGUUUCUUGAACUUUGUUGAGAAUAAGUCGAAUUCUUGUGUUGAUUGUCAACAUGCUUACUGUGAAGUUGCAAGAUGAUAACUUUGUCAAAUGGAAUUUUCAGUUUCAAUCAGUCUUGCGUGGUUAUGAUUUGUUUGAUUUCUUUACGGGGGAUAAUCCAUGUCCACCUAAAUAUGUGAUUCAUACUGAGACUAGUGUGAUAAGAGAUAUAACUACUGCCUAUAAGAAUUGGGUGAGAAAGGAUAUGGCUUUACUUAGUUUGCUUAUUGCUACCUUAUCUGAUGAUGCUAUAGAGCAUGUUAUUGGAUGUAAAACUUCACAGGAAGCAUGGAAUGCUCUACAAGAUUGUUUUGCUUCUGUCUCAGUAUCCAGGAUUAAUCAGUUGGAGACUGAGUUCCAUACUGCACAAAAAGGAUGGGAUUCGAUUGACAAGUUUUUGUUGAAGUUAAAGGCUAUAAGAGAUCAAUUAAUCUUUGCUGGAGAAAGGGUAUUUGAAAAUGAUCUGGUUAUUGCUGUUUUGACUGGAUUAUCACAGGAAUUUGAUAUGAUCAGAACUGUGAUAUUGGCAAGGGAAACACCAAUCUCUUUGAAAGACUUCCAUGCACAGCUUCUCAGCGCUGAACUUACCAUAGAAUCCAGAGUCACAGCUCUUACAGGUUCAAUGUCUGCAUUGUAUAUGAAUGGUGAUAAUGGUAAUGGUCAUACUGGUUCUUAUCAAGCAAAUGGUAGUUAUCAAGGUGAAAGUUCAACCAUGGGGGCAAAUGGUUAUCAAGGGGGUGAAAGCUUUAAUGUGGGGGGAAAAUGGUUAUCAAGGAGGAUUUUGUUUUACUGGCAGUAAUCAAAGGCAUUUCAAUACUCAAAAUUGAAGGACAUUCAAUUCUAACAAGAAUUCCUAUGGACACAACGCUUCAAAACCUUACUUUGGCAACAAAAGUAGGGGAUCAAAGGGCAACUUUUCUGAUCAAGGCAAGAGUUCACAGUCAAGUUUCAAUGGUCAGUUCCAUUACUCCUGAAUGUCAAAUAUGCUCCAGAAAAGGUCACAUUGCGCCUAAUUGUCAUUUUAAGAGUACAACUAAUGGCAAUCAAUAUCAACUCUUGGUAUGUCAGAUCUGUGGAAAGAAGGGCCACAAUGCACUGGACUGUUUUCAUAGGAACAAUUAUGCCUAUCAAGGGGCUCCACCACCUCCAACACUCACUGCCAUGUCUGCAUAAGGUUCACAUAGUUACUCUCAAGUACCAAAUAAGCGUCAACCACAUGGGUUUUCUGCUGCUGAUACAUGGGUCCUAGAUAUUGGUGCUACACAUCAUAUGAUAGCAAAUGUCAACAAUAUGAAUCAAGUCACCGCAUACAAUGGUGAUGAGAAGAUAAUCAUUGGAAAUGGUCCAGGACAAGGCAACCAAUGUGAUACUCUAUCAAGGAAUGAGUGAUGGAGAUAUUUUUACAAUACCUGUGACAGUGUUUUAAAGAUUGUUUUCUGCAAAUUAGAAGAUAAAAGAUGUGAAAGUUGGCUUUAUAGGAAAGAAGAUAAAGACUGCAAUCUGGCAUAGGAGGCUAGGCCAUCCUUCUGAAGAAGUAUUGACAGCUAUGAUGAAAGCAGCAAAAGUACCAGUUAGUAUAAAUCAUUCUUAGUCCAUAUGCACUUAAUGUAUUUCAAGUAAAAUGUGUAGGCAAUCUUUUCCUGUAAAACAAAGUAGAGCUACCUUUGUAUUUGAAAGAGUACAUUCAGAUGUAUGGGGGCAUUCUCCAAAGAUAUCAAUUGAAGGAUAUAAAUAUUACAUCAGUUUUAUUGAUGAGUA